AAAUCAAUAACUUCAACAACACCCAUGAAUCAAAUAAUAAUCUAAUCAAAGAUGAAGAACCUGGUCCAAGAUCAGGAAAUAACUUGGAUGAAAAUGAAGCACUUGAUCCAGAAAUGAUCCAGGUCUGUAAGCAAAAGAUUGAAGCUGUAAGACAUAUAGCAGAUCAUUUUGAGCAAGAACUUGCAGCAAAUAAUUUUAACCACGUUAUUUGUGUAACAAAUAACAUGGAUAGGUUGUUCACAAUGUUGAAUGAUAUUGAGACAGUGCAAAAUAGAAGAAGGCGUAAUCAGACGUGGCAAGGAUCAACUCCAUAG